AGUAAGCACCAAACAUUUGUCUGCAUUCUCCGGAUUUACUUCUUAUAUAAUAGAAAAUGGCUACCCAGACAUCAACACUAUUACUGAUCAGCUUUAUACUGGUUCUGAUAGCUUACCUGUUUGAUAUUAUCGGGUUCUCAACAACAUACCAUACCGUUGUUGAUGGUACCAGUUUCGAUGUCCAUGGCGGACUAUGGAAACAGUGUGUAACAGUCAAUGAUGUUACAACAUGUACAGACAUUUCUAGCUCAUUUGAAGAUGAAGAUUGGUUUAGAUCUUGUCGAGCUCUCAGCAUCAUUGCAUUGAUAUGUUUCCUAGCUGGUGCCAUUUGUACUGGGCUAAAACUGUUUGCUCUGAAGGAGAAUAAAGCAAUACUCAUCGCUGCAAUUUGUACAAUACUAACUGCAGCAAUUUGUAUUCUUACGUCGGAUAUACUGUUGACACAGAACAUUGAUGAUUUUUCAUUCAAUGGAUUUGAUGCUGAUUAUGGAUGGUCCUUCGCCCUAACCCUUGUAGGAAUGGGUCUCGCUGUGAUCGCCGUAGUCAUUAUGAUUGUAGAUCUGGUGAAAGGAAGCGGUAAUGGGAAGGUGAACAGUAAUGACGAAGAAAAAUAAACUACAUUUGUACAUGUAUUUCGAAAACAGAGAACAGACAUAAGACAUACUAUAAUGUUCAUUUUUAUCAAUUAAACUUUGUUUGUA